AAGUAGUUCCGCCUUCCUCCACUCGUACGAAGUGACUUUGCAGUUGCGGUCUUGGUGAAGCGGCACUGAAGGGCUUCACGCCAUUUUGUUCAUUUGUGGAACCCCCCCUCUAAGGAGAAGAGUGCAGCCAAUAGUUGGAGGGCGGGCGGCCGGCCCUCUCGCAGGGAAAUGGAUGGACUUGCAUCAAACACAGCGUUACCUCCAAUUUUUGCUGAUGAUGAUGUAUCAAAGGAGAGUGCAGAUCUGACAGUCGAUGCUGGGUUUUCAGGCCCAGAGGGCUCGUACAGUUCAGGGGUCUCUCAGUCACUGAACAAUCCAGAUUUUGUGGAGGAUCUGUCUCAGGUGCAGCUACUACAAAAUGAGUCCCCUCAGGCAGCAGAUACCAGUGAGCAAAGAAGUGAGGAGGAGAAAAUUUCCAAGAAGGGAGGCUGGCCCAAAGGAAGGAAAAGGAAAAAAGCAACCAAAGACAGCAACGCUCCUAAAGCCCCACUCACUGGGUAUGUAAGAUUUCUCAAUGACCGUCGGGAGCAACUUCGAGCACAGCGGCCAGAUGUUCCAUUUUCUGAAAUCACACGAAUGUUAGGGAAUGAAUGGAGUAAACUGCCUGCAGAUGAUAAACAGCAUUAUUUAGAUGAGGCAGAGAAAGACAAAGAGCGUUACAUGAAGGAACUGGAGCAAUACCAACAGACGGAAGCCUACAAAAGAUUCACCCAGAAAGCAGAUGAAAAACGACGAACCAAAGGACUUAGCCAAGAUGAGGGAACUCGAGCCAAUAACAUUCCUGUUACUGAGAAGCAGAGUGACCUCAAGGAUCGGUCUGUCUUUGAUAUUCCUAUUUUCUCUGAAGAAUUCCUAGACCACAGUAAAGCUCGGGAGAAGGAACUCCGGCAGCUGAGGAAAUCCAAUAUAGAAUAUGAAGAAAGAAAUGCAGCUUUGCAGAAACACGUGGAGAGCAUGAAAACAGCAGUUGAGAAGCUGGAGGUGGACGUGAUGCAAGAACGGAACCGAAAUGUCGUCCUCCAGCAGCACCUGGAUACUUUGCGGCAAGCACUGACAUCCAGCUUUGCCACUGUACCAUUGCCAGGCUCUGGGGAGAUUCCCACGCUGGAUACUAUUGAUUCCUACAUGAGGAAACUACAUGGCAUUAUUCUGUCCAACCCUCAAAGUAAUGAGAAUCUCAUUACUACAGUGCGAGAUGUAGUCAGCCGACUUGACAGUUGAAAUUGUGAUUGACUCUGGAGGUAUCAACAUCUGUUCACAUAGCUGGGCAGUAUGAAAUGGAAGGUGUCGCUGGAUUUGCAUUGCAAGUAAAAUGGCAGCUACUGUCUAUGGCCUUGCAAUUUAGCCUGACUGGGUGAAGGAUUGUUCCAAGCAAGGUUCUCUCUCAUUCUAAUAGGCCAAAUACUGAAGUGCUACAGGGGACUGCUUAGGCAGCAGCAGUGGUGUCUUCUAAUUCCUUCAUGAUUGUCUCAUGCCAAAUUUUCUCGUGUUAAUUGUAUGUUAUAUUGUGCAGCAUUAGAGGCUUCGUGCUCAGUCAUUUAUUUCAUAGGGGGUGAUUUCUCCCUUUUUUGUAUGUGCCAGCAAGUAACUUGAAGUUUAAGGAAUUCAUCUCAUCAUUUUCAGCUCUGGUUGAAGUGACCAGUCCAAGGUAUCUCUCAAGUAUUAACCAUUAACCAAUGUUUCCCCAUUAACUGACUAGGUAAUGUUACUGCCUGGAGUAAGAUAGGAAAGGUGGUAUCAGUACUUCUUGAUGUCAACUAGCACGGGUCAUUCAGCCCAAUAAAGCCAUGGCUGUCAAAGCAAAACUUAUUAAGCUAACCCCACUUCCCAGUCCUCAGUAGCUUGAGUGCAUAAAAAUAUUCCUCACAUCCCCUGUAUUUAAGCCAAUUAGAUCUAUGGAUCUCAUUGAUUGCCCUCUCUGUGAGGGAAAUGUCUUUCCUGUUCAUCCUAUCAAGACUUCUCAGCAGUUUGUAGCCUUGCUUAAAGCUUGCAUCUGCUCGAUGUGGAAAACUAAGACUAUCAUCUUCUGACAAUAGGAACGCUAGAAUUGACUGCAGCUUCUCCAGUCUGGGGAGAAUGAAUUGUUCAAGUUUCCUACCCGUCUGAAAUUUCUCCUUCAGUAUACUUCUGAAGUAAAAGGAAACCAUCACCUUUAAUAAAGAGCUAAGUCAGUCUAAUGAUAGGGUAUCACUCUGAAACAUUAUGUUUGUUUUUAUACAGAUUAUUCCUGAUUUUAUAACAUUUAGAGCCAUAGAUUCCUGAUUUUGUUUUUAAAUGUCACUGCUUUGCUAUUGUAAAUGAACUUUAACACAUCUCCCUAUAAGCUGCCCCACCUCAAUCUCCUGCUGUAGAAUCUUAAUGUAAGCUUCCAUGGAAAAUGAAAAGUAGGUCAAUGUAUCUCAACAACACCUUCAACAGAGGAAAGAAAAUUGCAACUAAUCGCGCAUGUUAAAGCCUGUACCCCAAAGUAAGUUUGACUUGUUGCAACGAGUAUUAUAAGUUAUUGUGUGUGUUGCUUAAGUUAUUGUUAUUAGUUAGUUAAAUGACCCAAACAAAACGUUUGUAUUUUUAAGUACAAUUGGAAAUUAACUAAUGGGAAUAUCCUCUCAUCUGUCUGACAUUUUAGAAUAUUAUAUGUUUUUAUAUAAUAUUGGGCUGUGAAAGGAGGGACAGUGAAUUCUGUUGCCUCUGCUUGUGAAUUACAAUCAAUGUAAUGUGGAAAGGCUGAAGAAACAGUGGUAGGGCUGCUGCGUUUAUUUCUGAGUGUUGGACUCUAAGCCAGAGAGGGUUGGCAAUGAAGGUACUGCAAGGGACUGCAGAUGCUAGAAUCUGGAGCAAAUUUAAACAAGAGAAGAACUCUGCAGAUCACGAAAGCAAAGGGAUGCUCAACGUAAACACGAGAUUCUACAGAUGCUUGAAAUCUUGAGGCACACAGAAAUUGCUGGAGGAACUCAGCAGGUCAGGAAGCAUCUAUGCAGAGGAAUAAACAGUUGUCAUUUUGACCCGAGAUCCUGCAACUGGACUGAAAACAGAGAGGGGAAAUAAUCAAUAUGUAGAUGUACGAGUUAGGUGGAGGCUGGUAGGUGAUAAAAGGAAUCAACAUUUUCGGGAUCGGAACAAUAUUUCAGAAUUCCUACAAUGGAAAGCCUCAUCUUGAGAACAGAUCCCAAGUCGCGGGUUAACCUUGUUGACCAAGCACUAACGUAUUGGUUAGAUUAUUAUUGCAGAUGAUAGGUAGGUAGAGUUGGUGUUAAAAAAGCUGGGAGUCUGCAGGAGGACUUGGAAAAAUUAGGAGAAUGGGCAAAAAAGAGGCAAAUGAAAUAGUGUAGGAAGUGUAUGGUCACGUACUUUGCUAGAAGGAAUAAAGUGUCGACUUUUUUUAAACGUGGAGCAAAUUCAGAAAUUGGAGGUACAAAGAGACCUGGGAGUCCUUGUACAGGAUUCCCUAAAUGUUAAUUUGCAAGAUGAGCCAAUAGUAGGGAAGGCAAAUGCAAUGUUAAAAAUCAAUUCAAGAGAACUGGAAUAUGAAAGUAGGUAUGUAAUGCUGAGGCUUUAUAAGUAUUGGCCAGACCACAUUUGGAAUAUUGUGAGCAAUUUUGGGCACCAUAUCUAAGGAAGGGAUAUGCUGGCAUUGGAGAGGGUCUGAAGCAGGUUUACAAGAAUGAUUCUGUUAUUGAAAAGGUUAACAUAUAAGCAUUUGACGGCUCUGGCCCCUUACUCAUUGGAGUUUAGAAGAAUGAAUCAUAGAAACCUACCAAAUAUUGAAAGGCCUACAUAGAGUGGAUGUGGAGAGAAUGUUUCCUACAAUGAGAGAAUCUCGGACUAGAAGGCUCUGUCUCAAAAGAGAUGAGGAGGAAUUUCUUUUUAGCCAGACAGUGGUGAAUCUAUGGAAUUUAUUGCCACAGACAGCUGUGGCGGCCAAGUCAUUGUGUAUAUUUAAAGCAGAGAUUGAUAGCGUCUUUAUUAAUAAAGGCAUCAAAGGUUAUGGAGAGAAGGUAGGAAAAUGGAGCUGAGAGGGAAAAUAAAUCAGCCAUGUUGGGCCAAAUGGCCUAUUUCUGCUCCCAUGUCUAUGGUCUUAUUAUUUAUUAAUCUAGAUUUAGGGCGUCUUCAGAAGUGUUGCAGUGUGGUAUAGCCAGCACUUGUAACACUAAGAGUAACUCAUUCAGUACCAGCAAGAUUAUUAUUUGGAACAGCUGGAAGCUGUGUCCUAAAUUGGGAUUGUCCUCCUUUCUGAACCAAAGUGGAAAUGUUUAGUUCUUGAGCAAUGUCUAGUGCUUUCCGUUGUAAAGUUCAAGUGGAUAUCAGGUGAACUUAUGUGAAAUGUGGACCCUUGCAUGGUCAAGUAAAGGAGGGGAGUUAACAUUCCAUAAUAGUUGAAACUUUCCACAACUGGAUAUCGAACCAGUUUAGUAGUGAAAUUGCACCACUCUCCAAUGAGUGUGAUAAUUUGGGUAGUCAUUUACAAUUAUAUUUAUAGAUUAAUUUUAUCUUCUCAUACUGACUAAGGUUCCACAGAUGUCCAGUGUACCAGUUUUGCACAUUCUUGAGUGGUAGCCAACAGACUAAACAAAGCAUUAAAAGUGAAGUUCAACCUGUACUCCCCACGAACAACAUAAGGGUGGUUGGAAGCACUGGAGAGAUACCAGAAGAAUUCCUGGCCGACGGCUGAGGUGCUACAUUUACUUUUCAAGAAAAUCUGGUUCCCAUUUCCUCAUCACUCUGGCAACUCCAAAUGAAAGUAUGCUGAAUGCAUCUCCUUUCUAAGGGUCCAUAGAUGUUCGUUAUGUUCUUUUCUAUGAAGAAUAAUAUAUUAGACUGCUACUGCCACUUGUCUAAUUACAUCAUAGCUAAUGAGAAAAAAACAAAAUAAUUGAAGAUUUGGUGCCAUAUGUACCUCAUGUCUGUCUUUUCCAUUUCACCUUUUAAGUAAAAAUGUACAUAGAACUUGGCUAUCCCUUUACUAAUUCUGUUGUUCUUCUAUCUUGUCAAGAUUUGAGAGUGCAGCACAGUAUACCAGAUGAGAAGAAACACUCACAAUUUUGUUAACAAUUUCUAGUCUAUUUCUGCAGCUGAAUCUUGUUUGGGUGUUAUUUAAUCCCCUAAAGAGCAACUUUUGCAUUUUGUUUGAAUACAGAUUAAUUUUGUGGCCUUACAAACUAGAAACUUUAAAGCAGGGGGGCUUAAACUACAGUAUUUCCAUUUGCAGUCAUACCGAUCUCAUAAUAUUUUGAUGAGCUGUUUCCUGAAUGUUGUUAGGAAGCACAGCCUGAACCAAAUCAUUGCCAGUAGACAUGAUGGCAAUAAACAUAAAGUUCAGAAUGUUCUGUAGAAACAAUACAGAUGUUAUUUCAAAGUGUUAACGGGUGUAUACGGAUUGUAUUUUGAUGGAGUUACAGUGUAACUGCAGUUUAAAAUGAAUGAUGUAUUAAAUAUUUAUGAAAGUUAA